GACUCACCCGACCCCCGAUGUACCCCUUUUCUGCUGGCCAGUACCCCUACCCAAUUCUCAGCCCAGAAAUGUCACAGGUGGCAAGUUGGCACACACCAAGCAUGUACCCUCUGUCGCCCGGCGCGGGGUUUCGAAGUCCAUACCCGAGCACGUUACCGAUCACGACGAGCAGCCUGCCGAGCGAUUUUUAUCGGUUUUCGCCAACCGGGUUGAUACAGCCGCAUCCUGGAUUGUCUCCUCACCCGCCGCAUCUCUCUUCGCAUCCCGCUAUUGUGACUCCUGGUCCGAAACAAGAACUGCCCGAUCAUCAUAGGUCUCAAAUGGAUCACAAAAAUAACUUAGACGCUAAGAAUAACCAGGACAGUAACGAAAAGAAGAAACCUCAUAUAAAGAAACCCCUCAACGCAUUUAUGUUGUACAUGAAGGAAAUGAGGGCAAAAGUUGUUGCUGAAUGUACAUUAAAAGAAAGCGCUGCCAUCAAUCAGAUUCUAGGUCGACGGUGGCACUCGUUGAGUCGAGAAGAACAGGCCAAGUAUUAUGAAAAGGCGCGUCAGGAACGCCAAUUGCACAUGCAGCUGUACCCGGGCUGGAGCGCACGGGACAAUUACGGUUAUGGCACCAAGAAGAAGAAGCGAAAAAAAGAACGAACACCUAUCGAGUCGGGAGGUAAUAGCAUGAAGAAAUGUCGAGCAAGGUAUGGAUUGGACCAACAAAGCCAGUGGUGCAAACCAUGCAGGAGAAAGAAAAAGUGCAUACGAUAUAUGGAGGCAGGAGAUGGAAAUGAUGGUAACCAAUCCGAUGACAAUCUAGGUAGUUGUGGAAGUAUGGGGGAUGCUAAUACACCCCCUGAAGAUGAUAACGAAAGUCUGAACCAAUCCAUGUCCAGUCCAGGGGGACUCUCAGUUUUGAGUAGUCUCACAAGUCCUGGAGGUAUGAUAUUACCAAGUCCUUCGACAAGUGUUGCAAGUCCUUCAGUCAGUGUUUCCAGCCCCUACAUGCUUCAGAGCCCAUUAACACCUCAUGAAGCUUUCGACAUCAAACUUCCUCCUCCGUCUCAUCAUCAUCAGCCUUCGCGAAACCCUGUUGGGACUAAUCCUCAUGAUAUAAACAAUCCGUUAAGUGUGAAUCAGUUAACAGGACAGUGUGUUAGAAAUGAUUCCACUGAUACAAAUGGAAACAAAGAGACACGUUCGAUUAUAAGCGUUACGUAGCUAAUAGUAAACCAGAAACCACCUGUGAUCUACAAACUUUCUUGUGUUGUUGAACUUUGGUGGGUAUUCAUUGUAUAGUCGUGCAGUAUGUUGAUCUCACUGAACUUGAGUGCUGCAGAUUUUUCUACUAUGUAACAUAAAUGUCAUUUGCCAAAAUCACCUCUUUACAGGGUUUGACAUAACGAUCUAAGAAGAGCUAUAUAUCAAACAAUUGUAAAUUAUAUGAAAUGGAAAUUUUGUUUUUCAUAAGUAUUUUUCCUGAAGCAGGAAGAAUAUUUUAACAAAUUUCUAUUUCUCUGCAAGCAUCACCACUAAUUUUAUAAAUUGCCAGCAAAACUUUGAUUCAAAUAUCAAUUUCAAGGUCUACCGAGAGGCAAAGGUCUACAGAGAGGCAA